AUGGAGACUCAUCUGAGCUAUAUUCCACCCGCUGAGCUCAAGAUCAUUACCGAAGCAGCUCGGAUAUUCGACAAUCUGAGACGCACGUCGGUGAACAAGAACGACAGUCUUCCUUGGACUCCCCAGGAGAUUAUGUUGCGCGAUCUCUGGGCUAUCCACUUGAAUGUGCCUGGCGAACAUGUUCUGCGUCACGAUGAUUUCUCUCAACUCGGGGGCGACUCGAUAGCAGAAAGGAAGCUGAGCACUGCAGCCCGCGUCAAAGGGAUCUCGCUCUCUGCCUCUGAAAUCAUGGACAAUCAAGUUCUCCAUGUCAUGGCCACCAUCAUGAAGGAUACCCUAGACCAACCGGCAGAAAAGCCACGUCCUUUUUGCUUGAUUCCCAAUAAUCACCUCCAACCCACCUUGAGAGAGGCAGCUAUGGGUUAUGGGAUAUCCCAGGAUCUGAUCGAGGAUAUAUACCCCUGCACCCCUUUUCAAGCAGGGUGGAUGAGUCUAUCGGAAAGGCAUGGAGGCAAAGACGCCGGUGUUAUCCGCACCGUGAUCCAUGUCGAUCCAAGGGCAGACAUGGCUCGGCUGGCUGCUGCAUGGGCGACAGUCUUCUACUUGAACCCGAUUAUGCGAACCAGGCUACGGUCAUUCGUGCUGUGUGCCCACCAUUCGAUUUGGGAUGAAUGGCAGACACGCCUGGUGCUGGAGCAGGUGGAGCAAGUUUAUCGGGGAGAGAUUUCGAGUGCUGAAAGCACGAGUGCAUUCAAUGUUUUUGUCCAGUAUCUCACUGAAAUCGAUGAAGCGAAGGAGAAUUCAUACUCACAAAAUGCCCUGGAGGACGACGGCCGUGCUCUUUCAUUCCCACCGAUCACCCGUCAACUAAGCUCUACAUGGAGUAACCGAUCGCAGAGGCGUGAUAUCACUUUUGACGCCCAAGUCCGUCGGAGUGGUAACACCGAAUUUCUAUUAUCCACAUGCAUUCGACAGGCGUGGGCUCUGAUAUGCGCGGCAUACACAGGUUCAAAUGACGUGGUCUUCGGUGCGACAGUCAGUGGCCGAGGUGUACCCGUCUCUGGGAUCGAGCGCAUCGUUGGCCCAACCGUUGCCAUUGUUCCACUCAGAGUACAACUCAACCGCGAUGCAACUGUCCAGGAGACUUUGAAAGGAAUUCAUGAGCAAAUGCUGCACAUGAUACCAUACGAACAAUCCGGAUUGCAGCAUAUACAGAAUAUGGGACCCGGCCCAACGGCUGCCUGUAACUUUCAGUCGUUACUUAUUGUCCGUUCAACUCCCCCGGUCAUCCAGCGCAAUUCGGUACUGAUCCGAGCUGAGGAUGAGCCUAAUUCAUUGCCCAAUCUCAGAAGCUACCCACUCGUGGUAGAAUGUACCAUCAUGCCCGAUCAAGCAGGUGUGUCGGUGCGCGUGGCGUACAAUGAUCCCGUUCUUGAUGCGGUAAAAAUUGAACGGAUCAUCGAGCAGCUGCAGCUGGUAUUAGUUCAGACGUGGACCCAUCCAAACUCAAGACUGCGGGACAUCGACACUGUCAGCCCCCGUGAACUUGAGACAUUGAGCACUUGGAACUCUUCAAUGCCGCCGUCAGUGGAAUGUUGCCUUCACAAUCUCGUUCAGGGGAAAAUGGAAGUCCUUCCAGACAUGCAAGCAGUCUACUCAUGGGACAAGUCCCUCACUGCGCGUCAGCUAAAUGAGUUGUCUUCACGACUGGCAGGCCAUAUCCGGAGUCUACGGAUUGGGCCCGAGACUGUUGUGCCGUUAUUCUUCGAGAGGUCGUCCUUGAUAGUUGUGACAGUGCUGGCCGUGCUCAAGAGUGGAAAUGUCUGUUUAGCCCUGGACAAAUCUCAACCUGCUCAGCGAUUGGUGAAGAUGGUGCGAAGAACUGGGGCCCAGUUUAUGUUGGUGUCGGAGAGUUUGGAUGGAGCCCUACAAAUGGAGGAUGUCAGCCAGCUCGUGGUUACAACUCGUUGCGUUUAUUGCACGAGACGAAGACACCAGAUCUUCUUUUAG